AUGAAGAGUUCAACUCUUCUAACCUGUCUGUUUGCAGCCGGUGUCCAGGCCUGGAUGCCUGCGGACCGCGAACUUCCAGCCUUCAACCGCACCAGCAACUAUUUGAGCAAACGUGCCCAUUCACUUCCGAGUUGGAAGAUUCGUGGAGUCAACCUUGGCGGUUGGCUACUGUCAGAGCCAUGGAUGAUGAGCCAAGAGUGGUCAGACAUGGGCUGUGGUGACUCCUGCUCCGAAUUUGACUGUGUCAAUAAGCUUGGCCAGUCUCAAGCAAACACUGCUUUCAACGGUCAUUACUCUCGCUGGAUUACUCCAAGCAUGAUACAAGAUAUCCAUAAUGCUGGUCUGAACACCAUUCGUAUUCCAAUCGGAUACUGGAGUCUUCACAGCCUCGUAGGCAGCGGCGAGCACUUCCCUGAGAUGGAUCUGAAGUACCUUGAUGCCGUUAUCCAGAAAGCUGCGGAUCUGGGUAUGUUCGUGGUCAUUGACCUACACGGUGCACCUGGUUCGCAAAAGGUGGGCGAUGCGUUCACUGGACAGUGUCUUCCUGAAGCAUACCUUCCAGGCUUCUUCUCCCAAGCCAAUUACGACCGCGCUACAAAGUGGCUCGACUGGAUGACCAAACGCAUUCAUAACACUCCUUCAUAUAGAGCCACUGUUGGUAUCAUCGAGGUCGUCAACGAGCCGCAGACCUCACGUGACAAAGGUGGUAUGCCACAGGCUGAGAAAGAUACCUUGACACAAAAAUACUACCCACAAGCUCUUGCUGCCGUGCGCAACGCUGAGAAUUCCUUGGGUAUCUCUGAUGACCAACGCCUUCACGUCCAAUUUAUGGAUUCACAAUGGGGUGCCGGCAAUCCCAAGUCCAACCUCCCAUCAGACUCCAAGAUAAUCUUUGAUGAUCACAACUACGUCGGUGGAGCGGUGACCUCCAACAAUCCUAGCGCCACCCAAGGUGACUACAUGUACUACACGUGCUACACGGACAACCGCCAGACCGAUGGCGAUAACCCCAAGAUCGUGCAAGAAUGGAGUCUUACCGUUGCCAACGAGUACACCACCGAAUUUGAUUGGAAGAACGAUAACAACAUUCCGUUCUACAAGCAGUGGUUCAUCGCUCAACAGAGACUCUAUGAGAAGACCAACGGCUGGAUCUUCUGGACAUGGAGGACACAACUCAAUGAUCCACGAUGGGAUUACAGUUACCUGGUCUACAAGCAAUGGGUUCCGACCUCCGCGGCAGGACUGGACGCUAGUGCAAACCAAGACGUCUGCAAGACAUACUUUGGCAAAAAAAGGAGGUCAUGGGGAAGAAAUUAG